ACAGAAUCAUUUUACGGUUACAUUCAUAGCUAUGGUUACAUUGUUAAUGCUUUGUAACCUAGGUGAUCAAUCGAAGAAAAUGGCUGCAGCUAAUUUUGAGAGAGAGGGACAGAGGGGCUAGAGGAAUAAUAGAGACCAUGUCAGUAGAGGAGGAAUUACUAACAGAAUUGCUGUUAGCGAGAGAGCAGGGGCACAGAAGGGAGAGACGAUGGUGUGUUCGUCCUAUUAACAGGAGUCGAGAGAGCCAGAGAGAGUAUCAGCUCAUAAAGCAGAUGAGGGAAAUUGACCCAGAAAUGCACUUCAGAUACUUCAGAAUAUCAGCCAGUAGGUUCGACAAUUUGGUCCACCGCAUCCGUCCCUACAUCCAGCGUGCCAGCACCCACUCAUCACCUCUUACUGUAGCAGAGAGGUUGGCCGUCACACUCCGUAUCCUGGCUAGCGGGGGCUCACAACAGAGUGUGGCUGCUAGCUACCGACUAGGGUCGGCCACAGUCUCAAGCAUCGUGUCCGAAGUUUGGCGGGCCAUACACACGGCAAUGAAAGAUGAGUUCAUCCCCUACCCAUCCAGAGUUGGGUUCCAGGAGAUAUCAAGGGAUUUCUGGCGGAUGUGGAACUUCCCCAACUGCAUCGGUUGCAUUGACGGGAAGCAUGUGCAGAUCAAAGCCCCUCCAUCCGCCGGCAGCGAAUAUUUCAAUUAUAAGGGAACACACUCCGUGGUGUUGAUGGCAGUUUGCGAUGCCCAGUACCGUAUCACCAUGCUGGACGUUGGUGCCUACGGGAGGCAGAGCGAUGGGGGGAUCUUUCAAGCCAGUCGGUUUGGGCACGGGCUUCUCCAGAGGACACUCGAUCUUCCUCCGCCAGCCGAUCUUCCUGGAAGUACAGUGCCCAUCCCACACACCUUUUUGGGAGAUGCUGCUCUCCCCCUACACGCAAAUCUGAUGCGUCCCUACGGUAAGAUUCUUGUUGUUACUGGCCUCACGUUGAAAGCACAAAGCACAGCACCUCGUGAGGAUCUUCUGAAUGUGCACCGGUAAAACUAUCCCGACCGCAACAAUUAAAUAAUUCCCAGUAAGUCGCAAGCGGAACGAAAAAUUGGUUCCUCCUUUAGGCUAAAUAAUAGGAAAUUUCUUGUCAGGAAAUGU